AUGCCUGCACGCGAUCCUCAGCGCGAGGAGAGGCCUCACAAUGGCGUCUUGCACGAUGAGACCUCUCCUCUCCUCGGUCGUGCACCCGAGACGCCUCAAUUGGACACCAAGUCCCUAACCGAGAUUCACAGCAUCUGGUCCGAAGCCAAGCUCCUCUGCCAGUACUCCCUGCCUCUGAUCGCGACCUAUCUCCUCCAGUACUCGUUCACCGUCAUCACGACAGUCGUGGCUGGUCAUUUGAGCGCCGAGGAUCUCGCUGCCUCUUCCCUAGGUUUAACCACCAUGAACAUUAUCGGCUUCACCAUCUUUGAGGGUAUGGCGACCGCUCUCGAUACCCUCUGUGCCCAGGCCUAUGGUUCCGGUCGUUUCACAGGCGUCGGACUGCACAUCCAGCGCAUGGUUAUCCUCAUGACAGUCGUCAUGGUCCCUGUCGCCACCUUCUGGCUUUGUUCGCACUGGAUCCUUCCACUGCUCGUGCCUCAGCGGACUCUCGCCCUCAAGGCCGCCUCUUUCUUGCGCGUCAGUCUCGUUGGACUGCCUGGAUAUGCCUUCUUCGAAGCCGGCAAGAGGUUUCUGCAGGCUCAGGGCGAUUUUGGUCCAGGUAUGGUUGUGCUCAUCAUCUGCGCGCCUGUCAAUGCCUUUCUCAGUUGGUUUUUCGCCGUAAAGCUAGACAUGGGCCUCGAUGGAGCUGCUUUUGGACAGGCCCUUGCGAAUAACCUCAGACCUGCGCUGCUACUGCUGUACAUUGUCGUCUUCGGGAAGAAGUCCCACCGCUGCUGGGGCGGCUGGGAUGCACGAGCCGCCUUUUCCGUCGGGGAAUGGGGUCCAAUGGUUCGCCUGUCCGUUGCAAGCACAGCUGUUAAUGCCGCCGAGUGGCUUGCUUUUGAGAUCCUCAUGAUCAGCACCUCGUACAUCGGAACCCGUCAUCUCGCCGCCCAGACCGUGCUCAAUACGCUCUCCAUUGUUACAUGGCAUAUCCCAUUCUCGAUCAGUGUUGCUGUUACCACACGGUUCGGUCACCUCAUUGGUGCAGGAGCACUAAAGGAAGCACGCCGGGCCGCAGUUCUUUAUGCCAUCGUCUUCUUGGCGGUCGGUGUUUUCGAUGGUGUCUUUCUGUUCACUCUGCGACGUCCAUUGGCAGAUCUCUUCUCGGAGGACGCUGGCGUGAGAGAUCUCGCCAUCCGCUCUAUGCUCACCGUGGCCGUGUUCCAGAUCAUCGACUCCGUCAUCUGUGGAACCAACGGUGUGCUAAGGGGCCUGGCGAAGCAGUCUGUCGCUGCGUGGGUUGUGCUCGCCGUCAAUUACCUGGCUGCUGUACCAUUUGCUAUUUGGCUAGAGCUUGGAAGCCCGGAUAUGAAGCUUGAUGGUCUGUGGGUUGGUCUCGGGGUCGGAAUGGUCAUCAUCGCCAUAAUUGAGUGUGCAUACAUGAAGUGGAUCAGCUGGCAGGACUGUGUUGAUGACGUGAGGGAAAGGGAGGACGAUGGGACAUAG